CGGCCGCCCCCCCUCCCUGGAGCGGCGCAUGCGCGUCGCCCCCCCUCGGCCGCGGGGAGGGGGAUGCGGACGGGGGAAGAUGGCGGCCUCGAACAACCCGCGGAAAUUCAGCGAGAAGAUCGCGCUGCACAACCAGAAGCAGGCGGAGGAGACGGCGGCCUUCGAGGAGGUCAUGAAGGACCUGAGCCUGACCCGCGCGCACCGGCUACAGCUGCAGAAAACCCAAUAUUUGCAACUGGGGCAGAGUCGUGGCCAGUACUAUGGGGGGUCAUUGCCAAAUGUGAAUCAGAUUGGGAACAGUGCCAUGGAUCUCCCCUUCCAGACCCCGUUCCAGUCGUCAGCCCUGGACACGAGCAGGACCACGCGGCACCACGGGCUGGUGGACAGAGUGUACCGGGACCGGAACCGCCUGGGCUCGCCCCACCGCCGCCCGCUCUCCGUGGACAAGCACGGCCGGCAGGUGGACAGCUGCCCCUAUGGCACCGUGUACCUGUCACCGCCCUCGGACACCAGCUGGAGGAGGACAAAUUCUGAUUCUGCCUUGCACCAGAGCACCAUGACUCCAGCUCAGCAGGAAUCCUUUUCAGGAGGGUCACAGGACAUGCAGCAGAAAAGAGUUUUAUUGCUGACUGUCCCUGGAAUGGAAGAAACCACCUCUGAUGCAGACAAAACCCUCUCAAAGCAAGGCUGGGACACUAAAAAGACUGGGUCAUCGAGACCUAAAUCCUGUGAAGUUCCAGGAAUCAACAUCUUCCCCUCAGCCGAGCAGGAGAACACUACAGCCCUGAUCCCUGGCACGCACAACACGGGCGGCUCGCUGCCAGACCUGACCAACAUCCACUUCCCCUCGCCCCUGCCCACGCCCCUGGACCCCGAGGAAUCCUCCUUCCCUGCCCUGAGCAGCUCCAGCAGCACCGGCAACCUCGCUGCCAACCUGACCCACCUGGGCAUCAGCUCUGCCAGCCAGGGAAUGACGACGACGCCGGCCCCGUCCCAGCACCGCCAGCCCAGUGUCAGCCCCCUGUCCUUGGGCGCGGACUCACGGCGACCUCAGUCCCAGCAAAUGUCCCCCACGCUGUCCCCACUGUCACCCAUCACUCAGGCCGUGGCUAUGGAUGCAUUGUCCCUGGAGCAGCAGCUCCCCCCGUACCCCUUUUUCACCCAGACCAGCUCCCAGCAGCAGCAGCAGCCAGCAGUGGCCAGUUCCCUGCCCCAGACCCCCCCUCUGCUGCAGAGCUCGGGGCUGCAGAGGGGCCCCCAGCUGCCCCCUCUGUCUGUCACGGUACCUUCCACCAUCCCCCAGUCACCUCCAGGCAGCCAGAGCCAGCCCUCCAUGGGAAUUGACAUCAACUCGGCCUCACUCCAGCAGUACCGCAGUAAUGCUGGCUCCCCAGCCAACCAGUCUCCCACCUCUCCUGUCUCCAAUCAAGGCUUCUCUCCUGGCAGCUCCCCUCAACAUUCUUCCAUGCUGGGCAGUGUUUUUGGGGACUCCUAUUAUGAGCAGCAGAUGACAGCUAGGCAGGCUAAUGCCCUCUCCCACCAGCUGGAGCAGUUCAACAUGAUCGAGAACGCCAUCAGCUCCAACAGCCUGUACAGCCCCUGCUCCACCCUCAACUACUCGCAGGCUGCCAUGAUGGGACUGACGGGCAGCCACGGCAGCCUGCAGGACUCGCAGCAGCUCAACUACUCCAGCCACAGCAACAUCCCCAACAUCAUCCUGACAGUGACAGGAGAAUCCCCCCCCAGCUUAUCAAAAGAACUGACCAGCUCCUUGGCAGGAGUGGGGGACGUCAGCUUCGACACGGAUUCCCAGUUCCCUCUGGAUGAACUCAAAAUUGACCCUUUGACCCUGGAUGGACUUCACAUGCUCAACGACCCCGACAUGGUCCUCACCGACCCCGCCACAGAGGACACGUUCCGCAUGGACCGGCUGUGACCCUGGGGGCUCCAUCCCCACCCUGGGGGCUCCAUCCCUGCCCUGAGGGCUCCAUCCCUGCCCUGAGGGCUCCAUCCUCCUGGGGGCUCCAUCCUCCUGGAGGUCCCAUCCCUCCCUGGGGGCUCCAUCCUCCUGGGGGCUCCAUCCUCCUGGAGGUCCCAUCCCACCCUGGGGGCUCCAUCCCACCCUGGGGGCUCCAUCCCCACCCUGGGGGCUCCAUCCCACCCUGGGGGCUCCAUCCCUGCCCUGGGGCUCCAUCCCCACCCUGGGGGCUCCAUCCCCACCCUGGGGGCUCCAGCCCAGCCCGAGGGUCCAUCCUGGAGGGAGCAGCUGCUCCGUGUCCCUGUGCCAUGAGUUCCCCCAGCUUGUUGUUCUGAGCUUGCCGCGCUGCCCAGCCCCGUCCCAGCCGCGCCGCCCCCGAGCCGCUCGUUGCCGUCCAGCAGUCAGGAGUUGUCCGGUUUGUCCCGGUGGUUUUUCCCGGUUUGCCAUCGGCCUUUUCCCUCUCCAGAGCCCCCCCCUUGCCCCAGCUGGGCCCUGGCCGUGUCCCCGUGUGCCACAGAAGGGCUUUGGGCAGUGGAGCAGGGCGGGAGGUGCUGGCAGAGCCCGGGGUGCGGGGCUGGGGGGGCCCUGGGUGACACUGCCAUCCCUCCAGGUGCCCUGCUUGGCCCCAGGUGUGUCCCCAGCCUCUCGUCCCUCCCUCCUGCCCCAGCAAUCCUGGCCACCAGGCCCAGAAAUCCACUUCAAACACUAUUUUUUUUUCCAAGCUUUUUAUGGUUUUGUUUUGUUUCGGUUUUGUUUUUUAAAUGUAUAUGUAAUAUAUAUCUAUUUCUAUAUAUGGCUACAUAUAUAGAGAGCAUUUCUGAGCACACAUGAAAGUUCUAUAAUUCAUUACUUGAUUAGACAGAGGAUCAGAACAUCUUAAAGCAGCUAAAAAAAAUAGAGACUAACCUGCAUAAUCCUAAUUUUUACUUUGUGAGAGAUUCCUGGGCAACAGGAAUGGCAUUUCCAUAGCAAUGCCAGGCUCGUAGAAUCAUGAUUUUUUAAUUUUUUAUUAUUAUUCAUUACUUAUUCUGUUACUUAUUUAUGAUUUUUUUUUUGGUUGUUGUUGUUGUAAUUUCUUUUUUUUUUUAAUUUAUUUAAAUAUUUGGAUAUUAGGAAAGUAGCUCAACUACAUACAGCCAAUGGAAGCACUCUACAUAAUAUUUGUACAGUACUUUUUUUUUUUUUUGUGGUUUUAUUCCAGAAAUAUAUUAUAUAUAUUAUAUAUGUAGGUAUUUUUAAACUAACUGGAAUUUUAAACAGAUGUUAAGCAGGAAUAAGGAAGCCUAAGGCAAGUUUAGAUAUUUUCCUUUGGAAUAGGCAAAAUAGGGUGGUUGGAACUUAAAAAUUCCUUCAUUCACCCAGGGGAAAAAAAAAUCUCUUGCUCCACAAUGACCAGGAUUGAAUCCUCCAAAAUUCUGUUUAAUUAAAUGGAGAAUUGAUAAUUUCUGAUGGUCCUUGUGGAUAUUUUGUGCUGCAAAUUAAAAAAAAAAAAAAAAAUCCCAUCCAGAUUCCUCCAGCUGGGAAUUGGGGAUUUCACUCUGGCUGGAGGGAAGGUGAUUCCCAGAUUUCUGGGAAUGAAUGGAAUGAAAGGACACUGCUGGAACAUCUUCAUUCCUCUGGGAUCUGCAGGGGGAAAGGCAGGAAUUCAGCAGGAAUUAACAGGAUUGGAGUCAUUAAUUAACUAAUGAACUCACCCUGAGGGUGAGCUGCUCCUGGAGGGGGAGGCACCUCCAGCCCGUGGAUUCCAGUCCCUAAAAUCCCUCCCAGUUCCCAGUUCCCAGUUGGGGUUUGUUCACCCUCCUGCCCCCCUGGAUUUUCUCUCUGCCUCCAGCCCAGGGAAUUCCCAAUCCCAAUCCCAGCCCCGAAGCUUCUCCUCUUUGGGAACAGCCUGGGCUGCUCUUAACGAGUUCCCCUGCAAUUAAUGAGAGUUCCCCUGCAAUUAACGACUCCUCAGUGCUCCACAGAGUUCUCCUAAUGAGUUAUACCAAUUUCUGUGUGCUUCCAGAAAUCCUGGGCUGCCCUGCUGAGGUUCCUGCCUGCUCUGCUGAGCAGGAGCAGGGUCAGGAUCUCCCCAGCCUGGGCUGUCCCCUCACCUCCUGUGCCAUUUGUUGACCAUUUGCACUAAAAAUGUGGAAUUUUUUCUUGGCUUCCCUGUGUCUUUUUUAUUUCUUUGGUUUGCUGUUUUUUUGGUUUUUUGUUGUUGUUUUAAUUUUAUCCUUCUCCACACCCUCCAGAGGUUUCCUGGCAUCUCUUGGGAAUGUUUGGGGAUUUUUUGGCAGGGUUUGAGCUCGGUAGGACACGUUCACUCCUGCUGGCUGCUCCUUUCAGAUCCCUCACGCUUUCUCAGUUUAAGGAGGAGAGAAAAGGCAGCUCAAACAGGAGGAAACCUGGAAAAAACCAGGAGGAAUUUGGGCCCAGGUGACUCGGAGCCCUUUGCUGAAGGUGCAGUGAGAGCUUUGUGCAGCUCCCUGUGGGAAUUGUGUUUCUCUCCAGCUGGAAUGACUCCCGUGCAUGUGCAGGCCUUGUGUGUGCUGGGUUUGUGACAGCAGGGUCACUGCAGGAGCAGGGAGCUGGGGUUCAGUUUGUGACAGCAGGGUCACUGCAGGAGCAGGGGUUCAGUUUGUGACACCAGGGUCACUGAGGGGAGCUGGGGUUCAGUUUGUGACACCAGGGAGGAGGCUCGGGCAGGGAGCUCCUGCCUGCUUUUUUAACUCCGUGUGUAAAUAAGAGCUCUUUGUUUCUUAGACUUGUAAGUAGACCUUGAAAAUCGCCUUAAUUUCAAACUAACACACCUUGGAUGCAACUGUCACAGUUAGGGACCCUCCUGCAGGGAGAAAUCCAGGUUUGAUCCCUCGGGAAGGAGCCGGGAUGUCCGUGGGGUGCUGGGUGUGGCAGGAUGGGCUCCAGCUGUGGCCAGGGAGAAGCUGCUUCUCCUCCCGACCCUGUGAGACCCAGGGGUUCCAGCAGCUCCUGCCUUUCCCUUCCCCCAGGGGAGCCUUUCCUGUGGGAGCUGCCCCAGAGGAUUCCCCCUUUCUCACUCCUUCAAAUUCCACUUUUUGUGGCAUCAGGCUGAUCUGGAAGCAAACCCAGAGAGAAGCGUGGAGCGGAUCCCAAGUGUUGCCAGAACAAAUAAUCUGCUUUUAUUCCAAGUGUAACAGCCCUGUGCUCAUUCCAGUGUCUGGGGCUCCCUCCCCACGGGUGGGAGCAGAAAGGGAAAACCAUCACUUCAUAAAAAACAAAAAAAAUCAAGGAGAAAGUGGUGUUAAUUGCUAUUAUUGCUGAGUUUGAUUUCAGUGGUGGUGAAGCUGUCUGGUGUCUCCAGGGGUGACUGUCCCACCCUCCCUCCGUGUUUUUCUAUCUCCACAAGGAAUUAACCCCCAAUUCCCAAGCUAGACUGUUGCAUUUGCCAAUACAAUGGGGAAGAGCAGGAAUAAACCCUCGGUGCAUCCAAAACUGUGAUUUUUUUUUUUUCCAGCAGCCAGCCCAGCCCUUGCGCUGGGGGGGCUGGGGGAGGCUCCUUUCCCUGUACAUAGAUUCCCCCUCUGGGCAUGCCCGGCUCCCACGGCUUCUGCAUGGCAGGGAGUGCUUGCCAGCCCCCCCUGUGCCCCCAGCCACGGCCUGGGCUGGGCUCUGCCCCCCUGGGCUGAUUCCUCAUUCUCCAGAGGGCAAAACCUUUCCAGGGGCGGCCGCCAGCCCCGGGGAGGGUCCGUGGAUUCUUUGGUGAAUUGGUUUUUAGGAGCGCUCCUGGGUGAACCUUCAGCUCAGAGGGAGGUUGGCUUUGAUGGUCCUGGAGGUCUUUUCCAACCUUGAUUUGGUUGUUCCUUCCCAACCUGGAUUCCAGAAUUCUUUUCCAGCCUUAAUUUGGUUUUUCUUCUCCCACCUUGAUUCGGUCGAUCUUUUCCAACCCUAAGUUGGUGAUUCUUUUCCAGACUUGAACUUCAGGUUCUUUUCCAGCCUUAAUUCAAUGAUUCUUUUCCAACCCUGAUUCAGUGACUCUGUCCCAACCUCAAUUCCACGAUUCCAAAACCUGCCCUGAGUUUACCUAAAUUUCCCUCAAAAACGAACCCUCGGACUUAAAACCUUGAAUUUCUGCCAAAACAACAAUUAAGGUUUGAGCUUAAUUUCCUUAAUUCCCUCAAGGAAAGACCCUGGAAACCCCCUCUGGACAGGAAGGAAGCAGGAAGGCCCCUCCUCCCCCCGCAGAUCCCGACCUUGGCUGGUUUUUUUUGGGAGAAACCCCAAAACCAGCGCGUUUAUUCCUCGGAGCAACGGCCCCCCCGUCACUGUGAUGGCAAUGUGAAAGCGCAGGUAGCCUUUGUUACGUGUGUCUGUCCUUUUUAAAAAACAACCAGGAAAAAGAAAAAAACCCUAAAAAACCUCCCUCCCUCUUAGAAUUAAACUUUGUAGUGUUCCUGUUCUUUGUAUUUUGAGUUGCAUCUUAUUUAUACGGCGCAGUGUAGGCAUGGAUUGCAUGUCGGUUUUCUAUGCGGGCACCACGACAUUCUGACUGUGUAUUAUAAAUCAUUUUUACCUUUUUAAACAGGGAAAACAAACAAAAAAACCAACAAAACAAAACAAAAAAAAUACAACACCACAACAGAAUCAUUGUGUGGAAUUUCUAUACUGCAAAGCCAA